AACACAUAAAUUAAAAUGAUAUAUAUAUAUAUAUAUACUAGUUUUAUAUCUCAUUAUUAAUGCAGUACUUAUUUAGGAUUUUUCCAUACUUUGCUGCACUGAGUAUUUAAAAUAAAAUGUAAUAAAUAGUAAUAAUUCUAAUAAGACUAAACAUCUCGCAGUAAGGAAAUGUUAUAUCACACAGAAUGUUGUAGAAUGUUUCAUAAUAGCUGAUUAAUUGUGUUUCAUUUUUGUGUGCCUGUUCUUAUGUACAUCUACCCAUGGAUUCAUUUAUACAUUAUUACUCCUUUACUAUUUAUAAUCCUGCUCCUGCCACGAAUAUAGCGCUCGAGGCCGUCACGGUGUUAAAAAACAAACAGCAACAACCGAACACCUAACCUAAAAUGCUUCAUAUAGGAGGAUCCACAAGCCUGAAUCGGGAGAAACCGAGAGUUCGCUGCUCCUCUGACGUCAUGGAGUUUUCUCUGGUUCAUCCUGUGUUUAAAGCCUUCAUGUGUGGUUCUCUGAGCGGAACCUGCUCCACUCUGCUCUUCCAGCCACUGGAUCUGGUGAAGACCCGUCUACAGACUGUACAGAACAAUGUACAGCCCGGUUCAGGAAGGGUUGGCAUGGUAACCGUCUUUCUCACCGUUGUGAGGACGGAGAAGCUGCUAGGACUUUGGAAGGGAGUCUCACCUUCAUUUGUACGGUGUAUCCCCGGUGUUGGAAUCUACUUCAGCACAUAUUACAGUGUGAAGCAGCGGUUCUUCAGCGACAGAGCGCCGCGUCCCGUGGAGGCCGUGCUGCUGGGCGCCGGAGCCCGGUGUGUAGCGGGAGUCUGCAUGCUGCCGGUCACCGUCAUCAAAACACGCUUCGAGAGCGGGCGUUAUAACUACAGCGGUGUAGUAGGAGCUCUGCGCAGUGUGUGUCGGACAGAGGGGCCGAGAGCGCUGUUCUCCGGUCUCACAGCCACGCUGCUCCGAGACGCUCCCUUCUCCGGCAUCUACGUCAUGUUCUACAGCCAGGCCAAGAACACACUGCCUCACGAGAUAAGCGAGUCAGCGUAUGCUCCUCUAGCGAACUUCAGCUGCGGCGUCGGAGCCGGCGUGUUUGCAUCUCUGCUCACGCAGCCUGCAGACGUGGUGAAGACGCACAUGCAGGUGAAUCCUCAUCGGUUCAGGAGGAGCGCAGACGCUCUCGCGUACGUCUACACGGAGCACGGCUUGGCUGGGUUUUUCCGUGGAGCCGUGCCUCGGUGUCUGCGCAGGACGAUGAUGGCGGCGAUGGCGUGGACCGUGUACGAGCAGCUAAUGGCGCGAAUGGGCCUCAAGUCCUGAGAGAGAGAGAGAGAGAGAGAGAGAACGAACGAACGAACGAGAGGUGGUGAUGUGAGAGAUUUUGCUCAAGUCUCCGAGAGGGCGGAAGUUUUGGAGUCGGAGCGAACGUUUCUGCUUCCGAGACGGCGCGUUCGAACAAUCUUUUCCUCCGAAUCCCAGACAUCUACAGUGCACGGUUUACUUUCGGCGCUGUGCCCAAGAGCUCUUUAUCGUACAAAACGGCCGAGAACGAAAAGGAAUAGAAGCGAGAGGAAAUUCAGCCCGUGCUCUGGAGAAGAUGUAAUCAAAAGUGCCCUGAUCUCCAAACACAACCCAGGCGGUGGAAGGAAAGUGUUCUUCCUCUGAUAUCAGGAUGCUAAAGGAGCAGUAAUAAGAUCUCCAUCCUUGCUAAACCUUCUCCGCUGCGUGAACACACACGUGCGUAACCGCAUCGUAUGAACAAACCGUCUGGGACUUCAGCUUUGUACAGCUAUAAAUCUAGAAACGCGUGAUAGCAUAGGAACAUUCCAGCAGCUGCGAGCGGUCCCUCCCCCGGCAGCUACGAGCGGUCCCUCCCCCGACAGCUACAAGCGGUCCCUCCCCCGACAGCUACGAGCGGUCCCUCCCCCGACAGCUACGAGCGGUCCCUCCCCCGACAGCUACGAGCGGUCCCUCCCUCGGCAGCCUUAAAUGUUAAACGUCACCAGAACACGUGAAACGUUCCACC